UCUAAGAAGACUUGAGGCGAGCGGUCAUGAGAAAAGUAUGUGCAGACAUGGACCGCGAACAUGGAGUAUUAUGAAAGAAGACGAGGAGGCGGCGCCGUCAUUUCCCACGUCCGAGUUGAGCGCGGCGAGGCGGCGGAGUGACAGGGAGAACCGCGCGGCUGGACAGUUCGCGGCUGCGGGAUAUUUGUGCAACAAUGGCAUCUCCCCGUCAGUGAGGAAGUUCGCUGCCCUGCAACCCCUCCUUCCUCCGUCCCUGACACCUUGACACAACUAUUUUCCGUCUCCCGUUUCCUUUUGUCCCUCUCUCCUGAAACUCUUUCAGUUCACUCCCUCCUCUCCUCCAAAUCCCCCCACCCCCCUUUUGUUUUGCUUCAAACAUGGACACCCCUGGAGAAUUAACCUCCGCCCAGGAUGGACACCUCGACCCCAGGAGCAGCCCCGGUCGCUCCGAUCUCAGCGGACUGUACCAUCUGGGUCGGACGUUGGGCAGGGGCCACUUCGCUGUGGUCAAGCUGGCCCGUCACGUCAGCACCAGGCAACUGGUUGCCGUCAAGAUGAUUGACAAGACAAAACUCGAUGUGAUGGCAGCAAGCCACCUCUUACAGGAAGUGAGGUGCAUGAGGCUGGUGCAGCAUCCCAACGUGGUCCGCCUCUACGAAGUCAUCGACACGCCCACCACCCUCUACCUGGUCAUGGAGCUGGCCGAGGGGGGCGACCUCUACGACUACAUCCUCCGUCACGAGGGGGGCGUGGCCGAGGGCACCGCCAAGCGCCACUUCGCCCAGAUCGUGCGCGCUGUGGCGUACUGCCACCAGCUCCACGUGGUGCACCGGGACCUGAAGCCCGAGAACGUGGUGUUCUUUCCCCAGCAGGGGGCGGUGAAGCUGACAGACUUUGGGUUUAGCAACUUAUUCCAACCCGGGACGAUGUUGGCCACCAGCUGUGGGUCGCUGGCCUACUCCGCUCCAGAGAUCCUGCUGGGAGAAGAGUAUGAUGCUCCAGCUGUGGAUAUCUGGUCUCUCGGGGUGAUCCUGUACAUGUUGGUGUGUGGAGUCCCUCCCUUCCAGGAAACCAACGACAGCGAGACUCUGGUCAUGAUCCUGGACUGUCGCUACCGCGUCCCCGAACACGUCUCCGACGACUGCAGAGACCUGAUCUCCAGGAUGCUCCAGAAGGACCCGUCUCACCGCGCCUCACUCGAGGAGAUCGAGGCUCAUCACUGGCUGCAGGGGCUUGACGACGCCCUGCUGACCCCCGAGGCCCCUCCACACUGGCUCUCAGGGGCCCUCUCUCCCAGCUCUCCCCGCUCAGGAGCACCUGAGUGCGGGGACCUGCUCGCGGCGAGGCCCCCGCCUCAGCAGGCAUUCCCCGGCCCCUGGCAGCCCAGCCUCAGCUUCACCCUCCGUCCACCUCCUCCCGAGGAGCCUCCGGUCACCAAGAUCCUUCCGGCUCUACAGCAGAUCUGUGAGGAGGAAGAAGAGGAGGAAGAGGAGGAGGAGGAGGAGGAGAGCAUUUUGGCAAAAGAGGGUGAAUGUUUGCCGUCUUUGUUUGUAUCAGAGCCAGAAAACGAAGCGGAGGAGAUGCUUGAUGGUGCAGAUGAUCAAAGGUGCAGAGACGAAGAACAAAAAGAAGAAUUAGGAAGCUUAGUGGAGAUUAUGGAGGAGGAAGAGGAGGAGCAGGAAGAGAUGGAAAUGGAAAUAGAGAAAGAAGACAGUGGCUGUGUGAUUUCAGACCAGCCGGUCAGUCAUGGAGACAAACCAGUCAGUCAGACUCCUGAAGUCCCACCAUCCUCUCUGCCCGGUUUGGGAGUACCCUGCUGUCAGGGAGAGAUGGACUCCACGAGCCCAGAGGAAGGACAGGACGGGGAGACAGAACCUAACAACAACAGCACCAACAAACCUCCUCCUCUCCUCCCUGAAUCCUCGGUGCCCUCCAUAUCUGCGUCCUCUUCCAUACUGAACGAGAAGGAGGAGCAAAAAUCAGGAGGAGAAGGAGAGCGGGACGAGAAAACGGAGGAGGGCGGAAGAGAUGACCCCUCUACAGACAGAUCUCAACCCCACAAUGCAUCGGGGACCCGGGACGAGGCCGCUCCGAGGGUGGAGCAGGGCAAACGGCACAGCAUAAAGCUGAGGGAGAGACUCUUUCAGUUCCCUCUGUGCGAGAAGGCUCUGGCCUUCAACAUACCGACGCACAACAAGCCCAAGAUCCUGCCUCUGGCUCAGUACAACUGCUGCCACGUGCUGUAAGUGAAAACACAGCAGGAAUGCUGCCGGUGAUGUGCCGCCCGCUCGCUUGGGACACGCAGACUGUUUAGCGGUGGGCAGAUGGCUGGCGUCAGACCUUGUGAAGUGGCAUAACCGCUGCGUGCAAGACACCAAGCGUGCGGGACGGGACGGGACGUGUACAGCUUCAUACCUACAAACACUCCGUUCUAGCAUUGUGCUCAUGUGAUAAACGUUGUGUUAAGCUAGCGGUGGUGUACAGCACAGUAGUCAGACAUCAGCAGAACCUCAUGCAUUAGCUACAGGAGCAACCAUAGAAGUAAAAAGACUAGACGGUGUCCAAUCUGUUGCUAAGAAACAAUACUGGACCUACAGGAGGGAGAUUAAAGAAAGAUGACGACAGGAAGAGAUGGACAUAAUGACUGCAACAGUUUUUAUUGAAUAAGCUAUCGUCUUUAUUUGUUUGUUUAAAAGGUGCCUAUAAUGAUGAAAUGGGUUUCAUACUGCACAUGCAUGGCCGACGUGUCAUUUUGGUUCUGACUGUGUGAGAAAAGUUCUAAAAGUCAGAAUGGUCUAGCGCUCAGUUGAUCCAUGAUUUCAUAUUUAUAAUAUAUGAAUAGGAAUAAACUUUGAACCAGCUUCUGCUACAGAGUAGCGCUCCUUUUCUCUCCCCUUUGCACAACUUGCUUCUCAUUGGUUUAAAAGCUCUAAAUAUAAGCUCUAUUAUAGAAAGACUGUUAUGAUAUGAUGUGAUAUAUGAUACCAUAUGAUACUGUGUAAUACAUGCCUAAGACUGAGAUGAUUAUAUGAUUUUCUGUACUCUUAAUCCUAAAGUCUAUUUGAUAUAACGACGUGUCCUAACACACUGUAUAAUACUAUUGAUAGGAUCAUUGAUCAUUGAUUGGGAUGCAGGUCUUCCAUUGUAUUUGAACUUGUUCUUUGUAUUCAUACUGAACAGUUUAAUCAUAACAGAUUUAUUUUGGAUGUGCAGAUAUGAAGAUUCUUGACCUUUUUUUUUUUAUGACCGUCAAAGAUAUUAAUUCUCUAAAGAGACAUGUGACUUUGUGCAUGUUAUUACUGUUAUUUAUCACAAUAUACCUCCAUGUGUCUUGGAUCUGACAGGACUUUGUUCUUGUGUAACUGUAAGUACCUUGAGGUAAUCCACUGAAUGAUGAAUUGCACACAGUACGACUACUGUAGCAGGUAGCUUUAUACGAGCUUUGUCCUUGAACCGAUGGAUUAGGUUUGUUUGUCAUUUAGCCUGAAUGAUGUGAUACUUUAUUAUGUAGCUGAGGAGUCCCUCCGUAUGGUAUUAUUUUACCAUAUAAUGCCUCUGUGUGUCUCUCUAUUUUUUCAUACUGUAUAUUUUUCCUCUUUUCACGCUGAGACAAGAAGUGAAACAUUUUGUAAGGUUAAAGAAGGCCAAAGCUGUACAAUAAGCUAAGUAAAGCGAGCGUAUUCCAAUCAGUCACUGCACUUUCAUGGGUACAACUAAUUGGAUUUUUAGCGUGCGACCUGUGAUUGGACGGUCCCUGCAUAUAUAAGCAGCGGAUGUCAUGUGAAAUCUGAUUAUAGGUUAUAUUUCAUCAGCCAUGAAAGAAUCAAAUCUGUGCAGACGAGGGAUAAAAAUCCCAUUAUUUGUUCCUGUGUGAUUGCAACCUGUCUCCCCUCAGUGUGUCUGUGUCUACUGACCUGUAUUGUAACUAGGACCACGUCUCCAUGGAGCUGUGAACUUAUUUUUCUGUAUUUAUUUAUUAAAAUGGAUUAAAUC